UUUGAUGUGUUGGGAAGAUUUGGGCGUCGAGGGAGUGUGGCUGAAAAUCUGCAUAUUAUGCAGUAAAAAGCUGAAAAAUCCCGCUCAAAAGUGAUGUUAAAAGCAAUUUGAUGUCAUGUGCGUGCCGUUAAAUCACUGAAUAUCGUUUCUGUGUGUGGAUUUGAUGAAACUGUGCCAAGAGGAUGAGGUUCAACAAACUGGAGCUGACAACGUUGGCCACGCAGCCUAGUAAUAAAUUCGAGAAGGAGGGACUUGUGUGGUUCACAGACAGGGAAGGCUUCUUUCGCCGCACUGAAGGGGAUCGGGAAAGUGACCCUGGGAGACGUGGUUCGUGGAAGAGGCGAAAGAGUUUAAGUUGUAUAGGUGGCACCGGCAAAGUGAGCACGGAGCGUUGGUGUCGCUUGCGUGGAAAUUUGCUGUUUUACUUCAAGACCAGCGAUCAGUUCUCUGAGCCACAGGGCGUCAUUGUUCUGGAGAAGUGCAAGGCCACGAUCUACAGCGAUGCUCGAGAGUCGGACGGAUUUGCGUUCUACAUUGAGUUUGAGGAUGGCUUGACGCAGAGAAUCGCUACAAAUUCAGAGGCUGAGCGUCUGGAUUGGACGCGUGCAAUCCAGAUGGCAAGCUAUGGGGAGUUGAGGAGGCAGCUUCAGGUAUUGAUGGAGAAAAUAGAACGGAAGCGCGGGAACAUUCAUGACCUCGACGUUGACAUGCUACGGUUGCAGAAUGGAAGAGAAAUCGACAUCAACGAGGUACCUCUCUGUGAGUCUGCAAUCAUGUGCGACAAUCUUCUCUGCGAUGGCAAUGGCAGGCCACCAAAUCCGUCGGUCGUUGUCCAAGUUACCACAUCCAAUCGAUUGGGAUGGAUUAAAUAUGGACGGACAGAAGUGAUUGAGAGGUCAUCAAACCCUCAAUUCCUCUGCACCAUUACAUUUCGCGCCUCUGACGGACUCAGUCCAUCAUCUCAGAUACGCUUCACGGCUUACGAUGUCCGGGAGAAGGUGUCUCAGACGGCAGUUCCAUUGGGCACAGCUGAGAUCGCACUGGGUGUGAUUCAAGACACUACAAGGCUCAGGAUUCCCUUUAGAUCCAACACGGGCAAUGCGGGAUUCAUUACAAUUCUAUCAUGGAGUCCUGAUCAGGACAAAAAGGUUUCCACAUCGAGAUCACCAGCCAAGGCAGCUGAGCAUCAGUCAAUGGGUCACCGGAGAUCUCAGUCACUGCCACCAAAGUUGGGAGUGAAACUCUUCGUGCCGCCACAGGGGAAACUGUCUCUAGUAUACACAAAUCCUAUCAUCCACACUUACCGGCUGCAAUCUGGACUUGGCGGAGACAUCACAGUGCAUGAAAUGAUGAUGGAGAGUCAGCUGUGCUUUCUAUUGCCGCAGCAGCUGCUGUCGAUUUGGAUUCUGAGAGAGAAAGAGUUGCUACAAGAGAUCUCAGGCAUGGGAGAACUUGGGGGUGAGUGGAGGAAUAAGCAAAUGGAUUUACUGGAUAAGCAUUUGCGACUGCUGAAGGACUAUUCUCAGGCCAAGCAGAAUCUACAACAACGUACAGGGAAAUUCUUCAAGCCAUCGAGUCACAAAGGCGAUGAAUCUUUGGAGUUUGCUCCGGUGAAUCUCCAUCUGCAGCGAUUGUGGGCGCACAAUGAGACUUUGAAGCGAUCCGGGGUGUUGGAUAUUGUCACUGUGGGUGCUUUUACGAGGCACAACGGGAAGACAAAGACUGGUGGGUUGAUCAAGCAGUUGCAGCAGUUGAAGCAAUCACCGUCGAAGAUGGAACAACUGCAGAAUGGAUGCAAAGUCCAGGCAGCAAAUGACGCUGUCCAAGCGAUCAAACAAUUGAGAAAGGAAAUUGUGGAGAUUAUGUCUCAGCUUUUAAUGCUGGCGAAGAGUAAGAAUCCCAAGGGAAUGCUUCCAUUGUGCAAUGAAAUGAUGACCAAGACACGUUCUCUGUUGACUCUCUGGGAACCGAACUUGGUGGAGGAGGCUUUUGAGUUUAUUGAGCGACAUCGCAUUAUUGAGGAUGCUACGGAUAAUACACUUACACCUUUAUCGCCAUUUAAAAAGAUAACGCAGCAACUCGGUGCUCUGGAUCUUAAGUCUCCAGAUCUGGAAGAUUUUGCCACACCAAUGGGUCCGGCCCCAGAUCUUUGGCCACGAGCGGGCAGUAAGAAGAAAACACCAACCGGGGCACUGAGAGGCAAAUCUCCAUCGGCAACGGACUUAAAUACAAUCUCCACUAUUCUUGUGGAAACUGCUGCAUCUUCCAAGAAGGAUUCUGCAACUGAGGCGGAAGUACUGUCAUGUUCUCUUCCAGUCACUUGUAAUAUGGACACAGAACUGAAGUUCAAUGAAACGCACUUUGAUGUCAAUGGAGAAAUUUCUACAUCGGCAAGGAAUCCUAGUGAGGAAUCACAAAUUGAAUCUUUUGACGAGAAUGGAUAUAUGUUAGAGAAUCCCGCAAUCGUGUUGGGACACAAUGGCGCUUUCCUGGACACUAAAGUCAUGAGUUCUAGUCCUUCAGCAAACUACUAUCGUCCUACGGAGGAACCUGAACCACUGGAUCUUACACAGUUGAAUAUCGAAGCAUCUGUUAUGUGUCUUGUGAGCAAGGUAAAAUUUCUCUGUGGACGUUGUGGUAGUCCUGCAGUACGACUCAGGCAACCGAAGAGUGUGGUGAAGAGAUCUGGUUUUACAGCAACGCCUCCGGAUGUGGUGACAAGUCAGCCAGGAUUGCAAAAUGUUCCACAGGAAGCAGAGACAUCGGCUCAGGUGGUGUCAGCCAAGCCUCCGAAUCUUUGCAGUAAGGAUUUGAAUUUGGCAUUAACUCAAGCUAUUGGAGAGGUCACCAGGAAGGUAAAGAAGGGCAAUAAGUUCACAGAUGGACUGGAUCUGUCCAUGACAACGGAUUGGACGUCAGAACUGAGGCCAUCGAUGAGGAAAUUGAGGCAAGCUAUGGAUGGGUUACUAAAGACAGCCAGGCUGAUUCAUUCUGUCCAGAGAUUGCAGCAGGACAUGAAGAGAACUACGGCCACCCUGAAUAUCAUGUAUCGUCGAGAUGUGUGCUUCUCUCAAGCACUGACAGUUCUGGUAUCGGGAUUGAUGGGAAAACUGUGGGGCGCUCAGAUUAGUGACAAUUAUAUUCAAUUGAUGUGCAAUUUGGGACCUCUGGCAUACUUUGAGGGACUCCUAUCGCUGUAUGGAUCAGAGACGGACAUGUGGGGUGAUAUGUGCGUGGCCAUUGAGGACCUCUCGGCUGUUCGCUUCACCCUCAUCCGAAGCAAUAUCCAGCGAGAUACCAAACUCUUGCCUGUCCCGCGGAUUGUGGGCUCUAGGCAGUCACUGACAGUUCUUCUGCCCGUGCCCGAGAUCGUCUACUGCGCCUUGCCGACGAAGGAAAGCCCCACGUUCAAGGUGACUCCUGUCUUUUUCAACAUCGGCAUCAACGAGAAGGCCACACUGUCGGAAACACUACGAUAUACAGCUGAGCAGCAUAGGAGUAACUGGGAUAACUUUGACAGACUCAAGCAGUAUCACAUCAGAUACAAGAAACUCAAUCUCACCGUUCCCGACACACCAACGAAGAGUGAACCACACGUGCCAAUGCAAACUGUCGUGAAUCUUCUCAACGCCAUGGAGGAUCAGCUGAAGCUGAACACAUCGAAAAAUGUGAAGAUUCUCCAUCUGGCUGAGGAUAUCACGAGAGCUCUCCAUGGAGUACAAUUCACAUCGUGCAAAAGUGCCAAAGACCGAACAGCCAUGGCGGUCACGCUCCAGCAAUGCCGACUUCUGCAGCAGGAAUUCCAUUUGCCAGCCACGAAUCUGCAGACGGUGAUGGACACAAUGCGAAGUGAGGGAACAAGAGCGGACAACACGAUGAAGAACAUCGGAUUGCGGAAAUAUGCGUUCAAUCUGCCUCAGGUGUUGGCUCUGCCCAGUCUUUAUCGGCCCCCGGCCGGCAGCUAUGGCAAAGCGCAGACUUAGAUGGAGUGA